AUGAAAUUCGGGGAGAACUUACAGUAUUACGCCACUGCUGAAUGGCGGGACAAGUACAUCGACUACGAAAAGCUAAAAACACUUCUCGAAGAAGCCCAGACUGGCCACACAGACACAUAUCUCGGAGAUGACGAAAAAGAAAGGCCAAAACACAAAACGCUGCAAACCCCCGGAGACGAAGUGUUCUUCCGGGAAAUCGCCGAGCAGCUAGAAAAAGUCAACCAUUUUUACAAUGAGCGUUAUUCGAAAGUGGUGCAAACGUUUAACGGACUCAAAAAAGAUGUUGAAUUUUACAAAAAUCCAAAAGAAGAGACAGAAAGCUCAGGCGGAGUUAUUCGAAGAAGAAAGUUUCUUCGCGCUGAGCCGGAGAAAAAUGCCAUAAAGCCGAAAUCGCUGAAAGAACUCAAGGCCAAUUUUAGCGACUUUUACUUAUCCCUCGUUUUACUAGACAGAUACCAGAAAAUUAACUUCGAUGGCUUCCGAAAAAUCCUCAAGAAAUUCGACAAAAACAUGUACAGUACUUACGGCGACAGCUGGAGAAAAAAGCACAUCGAAAAAGAACGAUCUUUCUAUACGAACAAACACAUUUCAAACCUAUUGUUGCAAACCGAGACCAUUGUGGCAGAAGAAUUAGAAGAUGGCGACAGAAAGAAAGCCAGAAAGAAACUUGGAGUUCCGUCACUAGAAUCAAAGGAGCUGAGCCAAGACAAAAAUGAUUUCACUUUAUUCCGAGUGGGGAUCUUUCUCGGGAUGGGACUCGUCGUACUAUCUGCCAUUGUUUUAUCUAUUUAUCCAGCGAGGAGCUGUAUAUUUGCCGAUUCAAUCUCCUCCCAGGACGAUCGUACUUUAUCACUAGAACGUACCUCAUCAUCAAACACUUCUUCCUUCACUGAUAUCUUUUGCGAGCAGAAAGACACAAUCAUUAGACUAUACCGCCCAGGAAUACUUCUUGCAUUUUUCAUCUUCUUGCUUGGAUUUAACGUCUAUGGCUGGCGCAAAGCAGGCGUCAACCACGUCCUUAUCUUCGAGAUCGACUACAGAGAGCAUCUCGCGCCAACACAUCUCUGGGAAGUCUCCUUCGUCAUCGCCCUGACUUGGGCGCUGUCCCUUCUUGCCUUCAUUCAUAACCCCCUUGCAGACUAUCUACCUCGUUACGCACACCCAGCUAUUCUCUAUUCUUUUCUCACGAUCCUUAUAAUCUUUCCUCUUCCGAUCCCGGGCCUGAGUUGUUACCGCAAAGCUCGAUCAUGGCUUGUCGGUCGAUUCUGGCGGCUUCUUUUUCCUGGUUACUGGUCGGUUACCUUCGCCGACUUCUGGCUUGCUGAUCAGCUGACAUCGAUGGCAGGCUUCCUCGUUGAUAUGGAAUAUGUGACUUGUUUCUACGCCGUGGAUGGAAAUAUCAGCAACGGACUGUCCUGCUCGUCCACGAACAUCAAUGCUUCAAGCACGGACCAAAGUGUGAUCACAUACCGAAUGAACGGAACGAGUCUGAAAACGGCAAACGAAAGCCUUACAGAUGAAAAAUGUCUCUGUGGAGAACUCGUCGGUGGCUCCGCCCUUGCUGGAGGAAUUCAAGUUUUCUUGAUGAUGUGGCCGGCAAUUAUUCGAUUUCUUCAAUGCAUCCGGCGAUAUGUUGACUCUGGCAAACUCCAUCCGCACAUAACAAACGCUGGAAAGUACUCAACAACUCUGAUCAAGGUGUUUAUCAGCUAUCUGAUGGCGUACAGCCUUCGAAACGUUCCCAAAGACGAUUCUUCGAAAUUUGUCUGGGUGGUGGUGCUCUUCGUCGCCCAUGCAAUUUCGUCCUUUUACUCGCUUGUUUGGGACAUCAAAAUGGAUUGGGGCUUUCUUGACCAAAGCGAUGAUUCUACCUGUGUUGGUGGAUUACUUCGGGAUCAUUUGGUUUACGCAAGUCCGUGGAAUUGGAAGUACUACGCUGCUUUUCUCGAAGAUAUUGUCUUCAGAUUUCUCUGGACUUUACAAGCAUUCCAUGUCCCUUAUGUGAGCCCAACGCUACUCAUGUUCGCCGAGGUCUUCAGGCGAUUUGUUUGGAACUAUUUCCGUCUUGAAAACGAGCAUCUUAACAACUGUGGUGAGUUCCGUGCUGUCCGCGACAUUACAGUCACUCAGCAUCGCAAAGAGGAUCUAGAACGAAUUGAAGAUAUCAUGGAUAAUCGGAUGGGUCCAAAGCAUAGACGAUUAAUGUCGGACCCGAAUGAUAACCCAGUAAAAUUCAGGCCCGAAAGAGCAGAUUAUGAAAGGGAUUCUCAACCGCGCAAGAGAGUCACAAUGAUGCCAGAAAUGAUUUCUAGCAGCGACGAGUCAUCAUAUGAAACAGCAAUGAACUUGCUUCAAGACGAUGAAGAUGCAAAAGGUACAGAUGAGCUGCCAGAGUUUUUGAUGGUUACAAGUGGCGCCCGAAUGAACUCAAGUUUAAUCUUCUGGAUGCGAAUCGGAAUCAAUCCUUACGAAUACAACGUUCUUGGACCGAACACGACAAGGGAAAGGCUCACCCUCAUCUGCAAACAUGGACAAUGCUCAACUCCUGCUUCAAGACGAUGCCCUGCUCGCUGUUAUCUUCGCGUCAAGAAUCCAGACAUCAUCGAAAGCAAGCUUGGAAAGAAAAGACGGCGAGAUGGAAGCUUCUACGAUUGUUUUCGGCAUUCUCUCAAGAAAGACAUGGAAGAGUCCCGCGACAAAUCCAACUACGAGGUUGAAAUUUUCGAGUCUCCUGCUGUCCAUAAUCAUCCGCCUCCAGCUGAUCUCUCACCACUUCAAAAAAUCUUCAAGGAGAAUUCAGUGAAGCGCUCUCUAGAGAAGAAACGUGUCGAAUACGAUCGAGAAUUCGAAGCCUUACCAGACUCAUUCAAUGCAGACAUCAAGAAAAACAUCGCUGGAGAAGAAACCUACCAAAAGAAACUCAUCUCUGCUCGCCUCGCUCGACGUUGGACCUCUCCUCAAGAUCAAGUCGCUUUGGGAUCAACAACGAUGCUUCUACACGAUCCUUCCGCAACCAAGCUGUAUGCGAAGAACUCCAUCAUCGAGCAAUUUCUUCUCUCUGAAAUCAACACUCACGAUGGCCUGCCGAUCAAGAUCUGGGGACUCGCAAGCGAACUUCACCUCCUUCACGAUAAAGACGAUCCCUGUUUUAUCGAUGGAACAUUCAACUUCUGCAGCAAGCUCCCCUCCGAAGGAUACGAGCACUAUGGCCACGAGCUUCACAUCGACAACUGGCGCGUCGACUACGAGGGCAAUCCAGCAAAAAUCAUCAGAGAAUUCUGGCCCUACGCUCUCGUCUACGGUUGCCAGUUUCACUACGCCAAAGCCAUUCUUCACAACUGGGCACUCAAACUCGGCAGCAAGAAAUUGGUCUACGACAAGGAGCUACGAGCGCAGAUCCUCAACAUCUACCUUGGGAUGCCUUUCGUCGAUCCAACCAUCGUAGCAGAAGCCAUCCGAAAGCUGGAAACCGAGCUCAUCCCAUCUCUCUGCCCUACGAAGCGAUCGAAAGUUGUAGCCUUGCACAACUACUUCAUCAAGACUUGGGUGAACAAACGCCAUGUGAAUGCUGACUGGAAUCUUCAUGCUCUUCUCAAGCGAAACGACACAUUUUGGACGACCAACCAGAGCGAAGCCCUUCAUUUGUCGCUCAAAAAGUCCUACAAAACUCCUCCACCAACCAUCCGCGUCGCCUCAGAGGUGCUUCACGAUUACAAAUCUUUCUUCCGAGGAAAAUACGCCAAUCGUCAACUUGUCCCAAGAAAAUUAGACUCCCUGGAACGAGCAAGAAACAUCAUGUUCCACCAUUCAGAAGUUGAACGUCAAUCUUCAGCAUGGAAGUUCGAAAAUGCCGUCUCUAUUUGUCGCCAGUUUAGCAGCAACGAGAACCUCGCCACGAACAUUCUUCAUUACCCUUCUGCUUUUGUAACUGAUGAACUUGUUUACACUGUGCUUUAA